UGAGAAGCUAAGCUCAUUCAAAUCAAUUCAUCGUCACCGGCCUCUUAGUUUAUUAUAUAUUGCUAAGAAGAAUUUUAGAAGUGCAGUGGGGGCAUAAUGAAAUGGACAGUUACACUGCACUCCAACUUCAUGGAUUGCGUCGCUGAUUCAGGCGGCAAUAUUAAAGAUGCUACGGCAGGCGAAAUUUUGAGGCGCAUGCGCAUCCGUGAACCGGGAUUAGAAUUAACGGAGAGUCAAGUUAGAAGCCAUCUGCAGAAAAUUCGAAAUUUCAAGACAAAAGAACUAAAAAGGAUGAACACAAAGGCCAGAAUUCAUCAGCAGUACCUAAUGCAGACCAGUUUAUGGGGGACCAGAGCAGUCCUUGAUGAAUGGGGAUUUUUCUUAAGGGAAUGUGAUAAUUUGUACCGCUCAAGAUAUGACGACGACGACGACGACAACGAUAACGAUAUUUCAGAUUCAGAAAAUAAUAACCAGCAAGUUGAGAUUGACGGCGAUAAUAACGAGGAAUGGAAAACUUGGAUUGCAUCUCCGGAGAGAUCGGAGCUGGAUACAUGGAUGGAAAUGAUGAUGGAUGAUUACCCACCUAAAAUUUAA